AUGGCAUCAUCAUCAUCAGCAGCAGCAGAAGCGACUGAUUCGAUCACCAUAACUACUACAACUACGACGACCACGACCACCACAACCUCAGAUGGGAAAGUGACCACAGUGACAACAACGACAACCACAGUGACAACAACAACUACCACCACAAAGACCUCGACUACCGCAACCCAACUUGAUACUUCGCCAAAAGAAGGCCGAAAAGUAACGAUAACGACCACCACAACCUCCAAUCCUGCCAGCGUCAACUCCAGUGCAAGCAAUGCCGCCAACCAGAACCCCUCCAGUCCCAGCCCCAGUUCCAAAGUUAAUACAAAUGCCAGCACUAUGAACGACACCAGUAAGCCCCGCAAGCAAACUCUCACCCUCAAGCCUGUACGCCGGCUACGAGCCAGGGCUGCGAUGGCCCAAAAUAACAACACCAGUAACAGCGACUCAAAGGAUCAACCACCGCCCGCUCCUCCUCAUGCUGCCUAG